GAUUUAUCAAUCAUGAGAUUUUUAGCAGUCCUUUUAGUUGUAGCUGCAUUCGUUGCAUUUAGUGAAGCCGAGUCUUGCAAAAAGGAUGCAGACUGCAAAAAUGGUUGUUGUGUGAAUUUCUUACUUACUAAGCAAUGUAAUAGCUAUGUUAAAGAAGGUGCACUCUGCGGUUUUCGUGACAAAUUUGCAUGCGGUUGUGAACCAGGACUCGAAUGCGUAAAAGUACGAGGAACUUUAACUGGGAUGGUUAGAAGAUGCGUUGACAAUUCAGGAAGUGGAUCUUUGUAUUAAAUUAAAUACAGAAAAAAAAA